CUUCAAGCUUAACAAUGUGGUUAGUUUCUCUAGUAUUCGCGAUGUUUUUGUUAACAUCUUCAGCUGAGGAACAAAUUCAAAAAAGUGAUAGAAGUGAUUAUGGACGAUCUUUAGGAAAAGACUGUGAGAAUACUUAUUCCGCAACUUGUUUGAAAUUGGACAUUGUUAGUUGGGUGGAUCGACUUAACGAAAAUGAAAACUUCAGUGUGUUCCCUGGAAUAUCAAUAGUGCGAGAAAAUGUGAGUGCUCGAGCAAAUACGGCAGAUAUAGUAUCGGACUUAGCUAGGGACUUUCCCAACGAUCCUGAUGCCCGGCUGGAUGCUUUUUUAAUGAGAAAAGUUCAAGGAUUUCUGAGUAGUCAUUCCAUCAAACUCAAUCUCUUCGAUCAAAAUAGUUCUGAAACCGCUCGUAAAGGAGGCGGCGGUGGUUAUGGAGGCGGUGGCGGCGGAGGCAAAAAAGGAGGAGGAGGUGGUGGAAUGGGAGUCAUCCUCGCCGCAGCAGCUAUGAUGAAAAGUACUUUGUUAGCAUUAGCUCUAGGUGCCUUAGCUGCGCUUGCUGGUAAAGCUUUAAUGACGGGUCUCAUUUCUUUAAUGCUGUCAGCCAUCAUCGGACUCAAAUCUUUAUCAAGUGGCGGAGGAAAAACAACAUAUGAAGUAGUAUCCAAGCCAGUUUACACACAUUCUAGUUCUCAUUCCACUGGUCAUGAAGAUUAUCAUCACGGUGGUCAUUCGGGUUAUGGCAGGAGUUUCGAUAUGCCAUUGCCUCUUGGACUACAACCAGAGUACAAACCAGCAUAG